AUGUUGCUAGCAGCUGUCCUAAACAUCUACGUCGACGCUCUAGAGUGGUACUACUAUUGGAAAGGGACCUUAGCCAGCAGCGUACAGUUUUUGCCCUUCGGCCUUGUUCUCAAAAUCCAAAGCGAACUUACCAUCGCCCAUGAGGGCCACAUCAUCAACUUCAUCCGAAAACACACAUCUAUUCCUGUUCCCCGUGUCAUAGCCGCAACAGCGUGGUAUGACCGGAGAUUUGUACUCAUGAAGAGGGUACACGGCGAUAAUUUGCAGGCAGUAUGGCGUCAUCUCGAUACCGAGCAGCGCGCAAACAUCGUCGAACAGCUACGCUCAUUCGUCCUCCAGCUUCGGGCCCUAAAAUCUCCCCACGGACAGGCCGUAUGCGGUCUGAAUGGUGCUGCUACCCUAGACAGCCGCGUAUCCUCGCACCCAAUUGGACCAUUCGCCAACGAAGGCGCAUUCAACGACCGUCUCAUCGACGCCGCAGAGCCAUAUUCAUGCGAGGAGAUCCUUGCAGACGUCCGCUCUCGCAUGCGCGACGAUCACCGGAUUGUGUUCACGCAUGCCGACCUUGCACCUCGCAAUAUCCUCGUACGUGGUGGAACAAUUGUGGCUGUGAUAGAUUGGGAGGAAUCUGGGUGGUAUCCGGAGCAUUGGGAGUUCGUCAGGGCCAUGUACUUCCCAAUGGCGCAUCCACGAGACGAAGCAUGGAUGCGGGCCAUUCGAGAUUUCAUCCCAGGGGACUACGAGAAAGACUGGCUUGUGGAUCGUGAACUAUCGGACCGCAUGGUUGGCGCAUUUUAA